GAUUUCAGCUACAGUCGGGGCAGCAACAGCAGCAAUAUUUUUACCAAUGCUCUGUGGUGCCAAUUCUGGAGGCAUAACUUUUACCGGGGUCUUCCUGACCCCAGGAAUAUUAGGCUUCAUCCUGGCCUUGGCGAAACGAGGCACCACCUUGGAUUUUCGCGACUCGUCCGCCGAGCUGGCCGACUCAUCCUGAGACCUGUAAGACAGGGUUCGUGUCCUGCUGGGCGAAGGAGCCGCUUGCUCGACAGGGAUUGCAUUCUCGGCAGGUGCAGUCGAAGGUGGAGGUGCGACUGCAGAAGGAGUGUCCUCGUCUGUCGGCGGGUUGGUCGACUUUUGCUCGGCUGGAACGCUCUUGACAGGCCCUUUGCCUGCUGGCUUGUCAGCAGGAGUUCGCGGUUUGACCGCGGGUUUUGGCUUGGCCAGGACGGGUUUCAUGUGGAAUCGGAAAGACAUUUUUAAUGCAAGUCGGUCCGAAUUGUAUGAGGAAUGCUGUUCGGCCUGCGUUUGCCGAAUUCACUGAUGAAAACAGCGACCACGUUGCGAUUCUCUGUCACAUUUGAUCCAGAUGUUGGUUGUUUUGGUCUGACGAGUGACGUGACGUCUCUUUUUCUCACUUCCACUUCUCCAUCUCAGUUUUCUCGCAUGCGGAGAGGGAGACGAAUCUUGUUGGAUGGGUUGUAAACUGGUUGCAAACUGAAACGAAAUAUUUAUCACAAAUCCACCAAUCAGAGGCGCCCAAAGAGCCGCGAUAACCAAUGAGAAUCCUCUGAUAUCACAUUCCUGGCAUCUGAUUGGUCGCCUAGCUUUGCGAAAUAAUACUAGGGAGUUGUUCGCACAUCACACUUCACAGGCUUUGUUGUGCGCGAUCGCAAAGCCAAAAACAAAUGACGCACGAAAUUAGAUUAUUUUGAUUAUUUUCACACAUUUGUUUCUGUUUUUGUCAGAUUUCUCAAGACUGAGCGUGUUUUCGCCGGAAAAUGAUUUGCCUCGAUUGAUUUUCAGAUGCACCAGCUCACGAGCAGCUUCCGUCCGCGCUAGCAGAUGCAAUGCAGACACCACCGUCUUCCUCGUCGGCCUCCGUGGCUGGAGACUCGCCUCGGAUGCAGCGAAAGUCGGGUGAGCAGGACACACCCCGGAGAUUGGCCUUGCCCAAGAUGCCAAAUUUUUUGACACUUGCUUCGCCCAAACGGUUGCACAACAGAGACAAGGAGCAGCACCAGCAGGAAAACGCCAGCGCAAGGGAUAAAAAUGAACCGUCAAGAUUCCUUGGCGAUGGGGUCAGUUUCAAAGCCAAGCUCAUCGGCAUUCUUGAGGUGGGUGAGGCUAGGGGCGACAGGAUGUGCCAGGAGGCCCUUGCCGACUUGAAAAUGGCAAUAAGGGCUGCUGGCGAGCACAAGCAAAGGAUCACCAUCAACAUCGCCAUCGACGGUUUGCGGCUCCGCGACGAGAAAACUAUGGACUGCUUGUACCAUCACCCAGUGCACAAAAUUUCUUUCAUAGCGCAAGACAUGACUGACUCAAGGGCAUUUGGCUAUAUUUUCGGCUCUCCAGACACCGGCCAUCGUUUCUUUGGUAUUAAGACUGACAAAGCAGCUGGACAGGUUGUUGUUGCAAUGAGAGAUUUAUUCCAAGUUGUAUUUGAACUGAAGAAAAAGGAAAUUGAGCUUGCCAAACAGCACAUUGAGCAGCAGCAAAUGAAAUUCUCGGUCGGCAAAUCUCUAGAGAAUCUCACCUACACUAAAUAUAACAAAUUCCAGAGCCUGUUGGACUCAGGCAGCAGAUACAGCGCCCUGAAGGAUGACUCAAAACUCGAGAACGGGUGUAUGGGUGCUGCGAGCAAAUCAGCUCAGCAAACCUCAGAGGUGAUUGCCGAUCUGUUGGACCUUGAAAUAGAGUUAAACAGCAUACAGCAGGGCAUCCACCAGAUGGAGAAAAUAACUCCCUCGGACCCUUUUGGUCCCGAUGCUAACAAAGACGCCUCCUUCUAUGACCCGUUCGAGGACUCGUUUUCUCCUCCUCCUAUGGCGGUGGUCCUGCCGCCCCCACCGCCCUCGACUCGUGCCUCCUCUAAACGCCACCUCAGUCUAGAACCCUCUUCUCCUCCUCCUGCUAACACUUCUGCCACAACUAGCCCUACCCCUACGCCUCAAACUAUCACUACUAAAGCAAUUGCCCCGUUAGCAACCACUGAAACGUGGUUUGACACCACCUCUGACCCCUUAUUUGGUGACAAUAACACAACUUCUACUACCUCCGGUGUUGGUCCCACAACUAUGGAGCAGGCUGAGCAGCCUUCGGCUCCCAAUUCAUCGAACAGUCAAUAUGACGUCUUUACUGAACUAGAUCCUCUGGGAACUGGACGUGUGAAGCCUUACGUAGACAAGAAAGAUUUCUUCCAAGAACUCAAGAACCCUCCGAAAAAAGUGCUCAAGGAGUUAGUGGAGCCAAGAGAUAGCGAGGCCUCUACGUUUGCCACAAGUUUUGGCACUAGUCCUCCAGUUCAUUCGGGCAGGAAAACCCCUUCUCAAAGCAAAUACUCGGCUGAAAUAAUGGCACUCGACCCAUUUGCUGACAGCGACCCAUUUGGAGAACCUGAUUUUGUAGAGGAGUCGUUUCCUCAACCAGAGUCAGCUGACCCCUUUGACACCUGUUUUGCAGACUUCACAAUGUUUGGCAGCCAAAAAUCAGACAAAAGUGGUAACGCCACCGACGUUUUUCACGGACCUCUGAGAGUCAGUCUCCCGCCUGAUAAAAGAGGAGCUUCUCUUUUACCUCCGCCCCCAGCAAGCUCAAAACGAGCGUCUCCUAUAAUGAAAUCAUCCCCCAAAUCACCCAGAUCACCCCUCAAACAGAAACCCUCUGUGAGUGAAGCACCAAUGGUCCGAAUUCCAAGUCCGAAAUCCACUAGAAGAAGAACGGGAGCAAUAAGAAAGAGCCCUUUGGCCGACGACGAGCGAAUUUCAAACUCAAGCGCAGAACUUGCAGACAUUGCUCCAGAGCCGCCCCCACGACCUGCUUCGUCAAAACCACCCCCACUGCCCCCAAAAAAGCAGCAAACUGGUCAGCAAUACAAGCCACCUCGUCCACCUCCGUGUGAGCAGUACGAUUACAUAAACAACAUUGAAGCGCCUGUUAGUGUGUCUAGUCCUCCUUUGCCAAUGCCUGUCAGACGCCCCAGGACAAGCAGCAGUGGCACCGAAAUUCCUCGGCCUCGCCAACAUAGUCAACAGCAAGAAUCUGUCAAUUUCUCUCUGCCACCCCCACCUGCCAAGGAGGAGAAGAAACCAAAGGUAGCAGCUAAUCUGACUCUCCGGCAGCUGACCAAAAUGAAUAUCACGGAGCUGGCCUCCAGUCUCAAUGUGUCGCCCGGACAUUUGUCAAAAAUGACUUUGCAAGAAUUAGCUGGAUUUUUGUCAUCUGUGUCAGCUGAAGGCAGCCCAUCUUCAAACAAAGAAGUUUCUGUUGAGCCACAAAAAGCUGAGGAGUCCGAGCCAGUAGAGAUAGAAAGCUACACGGCACUAAGAGAAUCUUUAGAUGGCGAAGAUGCUUUCAAGGUGGACUUUGAAAACAACUUUGCCGACUUCUCGAGCUCAGACUUUCAAAACUCUAAAGAGGAUGUAUUCCAAGAGGCGCCCUUCGACAAAUAUGCAGUGUUUCGUGAACUUGAGCAAGAAGACCAAGCACCAGCUGAUACUGUAGAAGAUAAUACAGAAACUGCAGAGUUUGAAGAUGCUGUGCAAGACAGUAUUAAGGAAGAAGCUGAGUUACCAAGAAGUGACAGUGCCAUGGCUGAGGAAGGCCUGCGAGAUGAGGAGUUGGAAGACUACACUGAGGAUGGGGAUAAAUAUGCAGCUUUGAGAGACAUUUGCUCAGAGGAACCUGGGGUUCGAGGAGAGGGUGAUGAAUCUGAUAAAGAUGAUAGUGAAAGUGUGACGAAGAAGGUGGAGGAGGACUUGAAUUUAUUGUCAAUUUCAAGGCAACCCAGUGAUAGCCCAGAAUCAGUUACUAUGGACGCAACCAAUGUCAGGGAAUCAAUAAUUGAGAGCACAAUCCUAGAAGAAGAGGUGGCCAGUGAUGGUGGAAGCCAAUAUGAAGAACCUGUGGAAACCCCAGUUGAAAAACAACCCUUACAAGAUGAAGAGGAGGAAGAAAUGGAGCCCGAGUCAGAGUUGCCAUUAAAUAAAGAGGAUCAGGACGAAGAAACAUAUAACCAAGAGGAGCCUGAAUCGGCUGAACCUUCGCCUGAAAAAGUGGUUUCUCCUCCAACAGAGCUUUCCUUGCCUGAUGACAGAAGAAACGAUGAGUCAAGAUCUCCAGGAGGUGGCUGGGCUAAAUUUGAGGAGGAGGAGGAUAAAAAACUUGAAGAGCCGGCUACCUCACCAUGGUCUGUAGAAAGCAAGGAGUUUGGCAGCAAAGUAUUUACACCUGAAAAAGCUUACACUCCAGAUUCUACUGGUGGCAGCAGGCGGCACAGAUAUAACAGGAGCAGCAGGGAAAGUCCUUGGCAGGAUGAUGAGGAUGACGAUGAUGACGAUUGGGAAGACCGAGAAAAUGGAUGGAGAGAUGAGCAUUACCGACGACCCAGAAAACGAUCUCCUUGGGGUUCAAGAGCAAAAAGAGCUUCACCAUGGGAAGAUGAUGAUGAAAGUUGCGAGGAGGUGGCCUACAAACCCAGACGUCCCCCAAGAGCAAGUUCAGCAAAUAGAAGGCCACCAUCGUGGGAUGACGAAGAGGGUGAAUAUGACGAGCCACGAAGACGCCCUAUUAGAUAUGAAGAGAAAAGAGACCGGAGCGGCAGUCGAGGUGAAUACACAUCACGACGCCGAGAAUGGGAAGAGCAGCGCAGCAAAUAUGCAAACGCGUAUGCAACUUGGGCGGAUAGAGUUCCUCGCAAAACAUCCUCCCAGGAGCGGCGCAGUCGAGACCCACGCGAUUCAGCUGCCUCCCGGCGGAAGCAAUACGACAGUCACUAUUACAACUACCGUCCCCCAGAGUACGAUGAACCCUACGAUCCUCGGGAUCCUCGAUACAAGUCAAAGAAAACCCCUGGUGGUCCUAAGAGACCUUCAAGUGCAACAGAUGUUCGGAAAGGUGGGCGCAGCAGGGGCCGUCACUCUCCUGAAGACGACGAGGAUGAGAUUGGAGAUCCAGAGCCAGCUGCAUUCAAUGACGGUCGCUUCCGGACAACCAGUGCAGACCCAGCUCGUCAUUGGCAGGACGAUUUCAAUUCUGACCACGAAGCUCCUAGAGAACAACACUAUGAGCAGCGCUCUUACACAAUGCACUCGAAACGGCGACAAAAGCGACGAGAGGACUUUUACAAUUCACAAAAAUCACCAUUUGACGACGAUUUCUCCACUCGUUCAUUCCACGCCACAGAAUUUUCGUCAAUCGAAAGCCCCACAGCUGAGACUGUGCGGAGGCAGGUAGAUGACGAGGAGCAAACUGCCCGACUGUCCAGCACCAAGGCUUCUAUCGGCUCAAGUAGACGAUCGCCUUUUGAGGACGACUUCACGCCGCCUGAGACUCGACGCGGUUCUGGACGAAUGUUAUCAAGUAUUUCAAGCGAUAUCAGCCGUUCGCCCCAUGACCCUGCCUUAGUGAGGUCGGACGAUGUCUUCCUUCCUGAGGAUCCUGAAUCCCACGAACAGAAAAGGAAACAGCGCUGGUCAGAGGACAGGCAACUAUCUGGUAUUAAAAAUAGACUGAGUUCGUCCACAAGAAUGGCGGCACCGCACGACGCCAACAAUAUCAAGAAGUCCGAGUCUGUGAAUAUAUUCUCACGUGAUGGAGAUCCGUUCGACGACGAUUUCUUUGCAGAGACAGAACGCCCCAGGAAGAAAAAUAAUGGGGACGCGUUCAAGUGGUCAGAGCCAAAUUUUGGCAGUUUUGAUUUCAAGGAAGAGGACGAGGAAGAAGAAGAGUGAAUGCAUGCACACUUUUUGUACUCUCAUUUUGCUGUUGAUCUAGUCGUUGACAUCUCACACACUCAUACACAUUUAUUCCGUCACACCACCGCAACUUUAUUAUUGUAUCACUCUCUCUGCCAUGUAUACCCCUGCAUUUGGUUUUUGGAUCACUAUAGUAUUAAUUUUUGCAUUUAAUGAUUCAUUGAAGAGAUUCGUGAAAUUAGUUCCUACUAAAUUAUGAAAUUGCGUUUUGUGCAGUUGAAAAAUCAUAGCCUCUUAUUUUCAGUACAAAGCUAAUAUUUGAGCAAUAAGUAAGGUAUCAAUCUGUUUAAAUUUAACAUUAUGAUUCAGCUGCAUUUUUUAUGUUGACUUUGAUUUGUUUUGCUGCUUGCGUAUGGCCAUAUUUCAAGUUGCCAAAACUGUUAAUCAUUGAUUAAAUUAAUAAUUCCUAGUCCUGCUUUGUUUAAGAAAUUACCAUCUUUGUAUGUAAUCCGCAUUUUUAUUUUCCGACCAUGUAUUUUAUAUUGAUUCAAAUUUUUUUACAGCUACUUAGUGUCCAGUUAGAAAAAUUAAAGUGUGUAUUAUAUAAUAAAAUAUAAACAUGAA